UUUUUAUAACAUAAUAAAAAAAUAGUAAAUUACGGAAAGCGUUCCAAAUAUUAAAGAUAAGAACCAAAAAAUCCUUGAAGAUUUAACAGCGGCUGUCUAAGUGAGUCAACGUGGAAAUCGUGGAACAGUCAUUCGAUAACAUAUACAGAAAAUAGUAAUUAUACGUCAGUUGGCUGCGGUUGGUCUUACGUGGUGGUACGCAAUGGAUUCCUUGGACAGUAAAUUACUGAAGUUCCACCCUGAUACGGUGAUGACUAUAAAGGAAAUGUAUAAUCUAGACAAGCCAGGGGACAUGGAUAAGGCUAUUGACUCCUUGGAGGCCUGGUUGGCUAAGCAACAGCAUUUGACCAAGAAAGAUUAUUCUCGGGAAUUCUUGGAAAGAUCCAUAAUCUUACUCAAAGGAUCUGUGGAGAGGGCGAAGACACAAAUCGACAAACUAUGUUCCUUAAGAUCGAUAAUGCCACAAUUUUUUGAAAAACACGACGCAAAAAAUGACUUCGAGAUUAUGGAGAAUAACUAUGUUGACGCAGUACUUCCAGAUCUCACUGAAGAUCAUUACAGGGUGUACGUGGGCAGGUUCCUGAGCGAGAGAACUACUUCGAACAUAUUAAUGGAAUGCUACAGGCAUGGUAUUCUGGUAAGCGAGUACAUAAAAGCGCACGAUUAUUGCAACGGGUUUGUGGCUGUUAUUGACUACAGACUGACUAAUAUGGUGGAUCUCAUCGCUGCGGCAGAUUUCAUUGCGUUGCAUCAUUUCAUUACCAUUUUAAUGGAAGGCUACGGGAUGAGAAUAAAAGGAAUACACGCACUAACAUCGUCGAAGGCGAUCGAGACCUUACUAAAAAUAGUAAAGAAGAUGUUCGGUCCAAAGGUAUCGAACAGAAUCCACGUCCAUAUGAACAUAGAGUCGUUGUACGAACAUUUGCCGAAGAAAAUCUUGCCUUCCGACCUUGGUGGUGAUCAGGAAUCACUUGAAUUCAUAUCAGGUCAAUGGAACGAAAUCCUUGGUACGAAAGAGAAUAUCAAUUACAUGAAAGAAAUGAGCAAAGCUGUGUCCAACGAAGCUUAUAGAUUGAAAGAGAAACUAAAUGGAGUUGAUCUGGGACUGUCUGGAACUUUUAGGUCUUUGAAUGUAGAUUAAUGGAUAGUGUCCACCAGCCGCGACGGGAAGGAGGAAGAGGACGAGGUCGUUGAACAAAACAUUCGUCUCCUGUUUUGUAUAGUGCGUCCAUUAGAGGUGUAUCGCAGCGAACAGAUCGGCGGAGCAAGUCUUAUCGCGCAGGACUUGCGGCCCGCCUCGCCCCGGUUAUAAUGGAUGCUUAGCUUAAAUUAGUUCAUUUAAUUUUAAUCAAAUGUGAUCUGACCUCUUUAGAGGUAAAAGUUAGAAAAAACGCUUCAUGUAUUCUAAGAACAUGUACAGUGUACGCUCUCUCUAGCUUUGUUUCAGAAAUGUAUACAAAUAUAUUGUAGCUCAUAAAUUAUGACAGAAUUUGAUCUAUUUUCAAAAGUAGCAGCUCAAGUCAAAACCCCAUAAGGUAAAAGUAACAUGAACUAUGAGUUCUAAUGUUAAUCAGGAAACUGGCUAUUUAUGUAAUUUAGUCACAGUUGCCAAGUUUGGGGUAUCUCUCCAAAUUUGAGGGGUCAAUGUAUUUGGGUAACUUUUGAUGUUUAAGCAUCUACACGUUUAAGAUGGAAAUAGAUUUUUCUGGUCACGCACUCUAUUAUUUUUGGGGGAACUUUUCUCGAAAAUACUACGUUUGGAGGUUUCCUAAUUCACCUGGAAAUAUUGAAUUCAGUAAAAACUUUAAUAAUGUGUUCCUAAAAAUAAUUAUUUGAAAAUUGGUGAGUUUUUUGUUUAUAUUUCGUGUUAAAAGCUUUUGUUUACCCUCUAGCAAUAAAACUUGGUUUUGGAACAUCGAAUAUAAAUAUAUAGAAUACACAACUACCUUUGUAAGUAUAUGUUAUAUGUUAAUAAAUAUUUAGUAGAAUA